CCUCUGACGACCUCUCAAUUGCACUUCAUAACACUCCAGAAGUAUAUCCUCGAAGUCACUUCAUUAAAUCCCAAUCCAGCGGAGGGACGCAGUGCCCAAUCUUACAAUCAUACUACGAAUAUGUCGAAGGGAAACGUGACCUACAUCACCUACAAUGCGGGCAUCGACGGAAAGCAUCUCCACCUGGGGAACCUAGUUCACGACUUCAAGAAUCCAAGUUUCUAUGAACCUCACGUUGAGAAGGCUUAUACCGACAUUCAAGACACUCCUCCAGAUUGGGCAGAGCUCACACAGUUGGGAAACUAUGCAUUGACACUUGGAGCUGGUUCCGAACAAGGUCACGAUGCCAGCAAUCCAUCCACAGGAUCUGUAGACGACUCUGAAGGUCCAAGAUACCGAGUAGCAGCCGCAGAAAAGGCCACAAAAGUCGAGAUCAAGGACCCCGAAGAGUUCUUCGAAUCAAUCACCCUCUCCUCCCCCGAAGCCAAGAAAUGGCUCUCCUCCCACCUCUCCGCCGCCGAAACCCUCGCAAAAGGCGACAAGUCCGCACGCCCAGACAUUUGGAUGCUCACCGGCCUCGUGCUCAUGCAACACGCCACAUGGACCAGUCUCUCCAGCAAAGACCAAGGUUUCAUUGCAGGCGAGAAAGCCCCCUUCGACCCCACUGGCGUCUCCAACAUCCGGCGCCUCUCAAUCAGCGAGAACAUCAAGCCGACAUUUGGAUUCCGCGCUGGCGACGAGGAGAAGGCUAAACAUAUUUCUGGUGCGGUCAUACAUGAGACUGGGAAGUAUCCUGGUACGAGGGGAUGGGCUGCGCAGUGGCAGAAGAUUGAGUUUCAGAUUGGAGGGACGGAGAAGUGGAAGGAGGGGGUGAAGAGUUUGUUGAAGUUGAAGGAUGGGGUGGCGAUGGUGAGGAUUAAUGAGGAUAUUUAUGCGAAGAGUGAGGGGGAGAAGAGUGUUGAGCUGGAUGAUAAGUAUUGGGAGGCUUUCAUCGAUGCAACUGAUGAUUAGUCUAGAAGUCCAUGUUGAGUUUGAAUCAGCUAUGUUGGUAGCUAUAUCUUGCUACUUUUGGAGCCAA